AAAGAAAGAAAGAAAGAAUAAAGGAAGAGAGGUGCGAGAUAAACGCGAGGAAGAAAAAUAAAAAAAAAACGCGCGCGUGUGUGGGUAAAGGGUCCACGUAGUUGGAGGAAAAAGUUGUAGAAAAAAAAAAAUUAGCGCUUAUGCGUGCAUGAUAAUAAGAGCUUGGACUCUCGCGAGGGAAGAAGGGAGGAUUGGCUGGAAAGGUGGAGAGGAAUAAAAAAAAAAGAGAAAAAAACUAUUAUAAGAAAAGGUAGAGAAUAAAGCUUGGCAGCAGACUGGAGGGUAAAAACGUGCUACCUUCUCUUUGCCAACGACUCGAACUGGAUCUCGAAAAAAGUGAAUCCAGCCGGAGUGAAAGAGAAAGAAAGAGGAAGCGAGGAACGGUUAAAGAAAAGUGAUAGAGAAGAAACCGAAGGAAUUAGAAGAAAAAGAAGAAAAGGUGUAAGAAAAUUGAAGAACAUCGAACUGCUCUACCGGCGAGUGGUGGUUGCUUCUUAUUGGCCAACGGAGAACUUUGAGUGUCAAGUAUCGAACAUCAAAGGUUGAUGCGCGUCCACGAGUGACAUAGAGCUCGUGCGGGAGAGUCCAACAGACAUGAAUAUAACUUGGGCGCAGGAAAUACCCAGCAACGACAGCUACAACUCUAGCAACGGUCUAGAUUGCGGUGGUGAACCGUAUCAGUAUGGGAUAUGGGAAAGAGUUGGGAUAGUGAUGGUAGCGAUCGUUCUCAGUUUCGUUACGGUUGUCGGCAAUAUUAUGGUUAUGAUAUCGUUUAAAAUCGACAAACAACUGCAAACGAUAUCUAAUUACUUUUUAUUCAGUCUUGCGGUAGCCGACUUUGCAAUAGGUCUCAUUUCGAUGCCACUUUUCACGGUUUACACCGUGUUAGGCUAUUGGCCAUUGGGUCCCCACGUUUGCGACACGUGGCUGGCACUCGAUUAUUUAGCUAGCAACGCGUCCGUACUCAAUCUUCUAAUCAUCAGCUUCGAUAGAUACUUCUCGGUAACAAGGCCCCUUACAUACAGAGCAAAGAGGACAACCUUCAAAGCUGCCUUUAUGAUAGGAAGCGCGUGGGGUAUUUCUUUACUUCUUUGGCCACCUUGGAUUUAUGCUUGGCCUUACAUCGAGGGUCAAAGAACUGUGCCAAUCAAUGCCUGUUACAUUCAGUUCAUCGAAACGAAUCAUUACAUCACAGUCGGCACAGCAAUCGCUGCAUUUUAUGUGCCAGUCACCGUGAUGAGUGCCCUUUAUUGGAGAAUAUGGAAGGAAACGAAGAAAAGGCAGAGGGAUUUACCGAAUCUUCAAGCUGGAAAACAGGAUGCAAGCAAACGCAGCAACUCCAGGUUUGACGAGGCCUUAGAUAUGGAAGAAUGCAAGAGACCUCGAAGUGAGUCUAGUACAGGUGCUGAUGACGUACACGCUCAACAUCUAGCUGCUUCUUACAUCGAGAAACAUUAUCCUGAAUACGCUGGUAAACACAGGCCAUUUUCGUGGACGUGGCUGAAAUUAUGGUGCAUCGCGUGGUGGCACAGUGGUCGCGAAGAUGAAGAGGAUGACGAAGAGGUCGGUGAACCGGAAAGCAGUCGUACCCUUCAUGGUAACGAGGACACAUUGACGCCACUAUCAGCGGAAACCCCAUUGACUAGCACGGUUUCGAGAUGUGGUUCGCUCAGUGGCAUGCAUUCGACGACGACGACAUUGGCUAUGGAAAGGUCGACUGGCAUCACUGAACACGCGGAUUCAAAAAGGUCCGCCCGUGUCGGGGAACUUUCGACCAAAAGCAUCUCUAGCGAUUCCGUCUACACGAUCGUGAUAAAUCUUCCAAUGAGGGAGAGUAAUGGCGGUAGCAAAUACACCGAGGUACGGCCAAGUAUAAAGAUGUACCACGAGGAUACGGUGACAUUUCAGUUGCACAGUACAAUCGAAGAUGAGGAGACAUUGGCAAGUCCUUCGUCGGUGAUUAGGCGACCCUCGCAGAUGCCGGAUAUAAGGAUACCAUUGAACGCUAAAAAUAUACCAAAGACAGUACCUACCAGUAAGGGUAUAUUGAACAAGAAUAAACCAAAUCAAAAGAAGAAGAAAAAAAUUCAAGAGAAAAAGGCAGACAGUAAAGCAGCUAAAACAUUAUCUGCUAUUCUUUUAGCGUUCAUAAUAACGUGGACACCGUAUAACAUACUCGUUCUCCUUAAAUCAAUCACCGCCUGUUCCUGGUAUAUACCACAACAAUUGUGGGACUUUGUCUAUUACCUUUGUUACAUCAACAGUACUGUGAAUCCAAUGUGCUACGCUUUGGGUAACGCGGCCUUUAGGAGGACCUAUAUGAGAAUCCUCGAGUGCAAGUGGCACAGUAGAAACAGAACUGCGGUCGAUAGAGGAUGAUGUCAGUAAAUACGAGUGCUUCGACAACAACAACAACAACAACUAAAAAACAACUUCCCUCCUAGAAAAUAAUUCAAAAACAACCAAAGUAGAAAGAAAAAGAUAAACCUAUUCCAAUCUCCCCUUCCCACCCACCUUUCCUUAUUCCCCAUUCCCCUAAAACUUCUCUCCAAAAAAUUCCAUCCUUCUUAUUAUUACCACUCGUUCGAAUUUCUUUCUUUUUUUCCAAAAAAAAAAAAAAAUAGGAAAGAAAAGGAUAAGAAAGAAAGAAAGAGAGUUUUACAUCGAAGCACCGUACCGUUCUUAUUAUUCUCCCCUUCCCCCCUCUUUCCCCAAACCCUAUCCGGAAAAUCCAUCCUUUUCAAUUCAUAUAAACCUUUUACCCCCAGCCCAUACCGAGUAACUAGUCCGCGAAAAAAAAGAGGAUCUUUUUUUAUUGUACGUGUUGUUUCUCUUUGAGCGCACGAAGUCGAACAAGGAAAUCGAGCUGCUCGCUAAUUUCGGAGUCCCUUAUGGUGUUGCCUUUUCUCGAGCCUUACGAAAAAAAUCCUUUACGAAAAUUUCAACGAUUUGAAUUAAUUAAAAUACGGAAAAAAAAGAAAAAGAAAGA